AUGACGCGAACUCCGUGGAUCGGCGGCAACUGGAAGUCGAAUGGCACCGUUGCGUCCAUUUCCGAGCUCUCAAAGGAGUUCAACCAGGCGAACUUCAACCCAAGUCAAACGCAAGUCGUCCUCUUUCCCACUGCAUUGCACAUUGCACUGGCCAAGGAGAAACUAAAAAAUGAGUUCCAAGUCGGCUGCCAAAAUAUCUCAAAGACUGGACCUGGAGCCUUUACAGGCGAAAUAACAGCAGAGAUGGUAGCAGACAUGGGUUUGAAGUGGGUUAUGGUUGGCCACAGCGAGAGGCGCCAGUACUACGGCGAGACCGAUGAAGUCGUAGCUGAGAAAGUUGCGAUGGCGAUGAAACAAGACGGGCUCAACGUUGUGAUCUGCAUUGGGGAGAAGUUGGAGGAGCGCGAGAGCAACAAGACGAUGGAUGUUUGCAAGACUCAGCUUAACGCUGUUAUUCCGAAAGUAACAAAUUGGAAUAAAGUCGUCAUCGCCUACGAACCCGUCUGGGCAAUAGGCACUGGCAAAGUCGCCACUCCUGAACAGGCACAGGAAGUUCACCGUGAUCUCCGCAAGUUCAUUUCCGAGCGUUGCGGCGCCGACGUGGCUGCAGGGUUGCGCAUAGUGUACGGUGGUUCUGUGAGCGACUCCAACUGCGUGUCUUUGAUUAAAUGCGAAGACGUUGAUGGGUUCCUUGUGGGCGGAGCUUCACUUAAGAAGGCCUUUAUCGAUAUCAUCGACGCCCCCAACAAAGCGUGA